AUGUCGACCAUCCUUUACAACGCCAAUUCGAGUUUAGUGUCGAGAUUUCAGCGAAAGGUGAAGCUGAGGGGCGACGCUGACUACAUACCAGUGGAUGCCGACUGUUUUGAUUCGUCUCAUGAAAAGAAUUCCAGAGAGUAUCUUCAAGAACUGUGCCAAUCCGUGUACCCAGACAGUGUCUCAAAAAGAUUAAGCAGCUUAAGCUACACAAAAAUCACAGUUCAUGCAUUUUUCGCUCUCGUUUUCAAGAACUUUAUCAACUCUUGGUUUGGCACUAGUAUCCCAUCUAAAGAUCCCGAACUUCUCUGCGAGCUUUAUCAAGUCGUAGAAAGAAUGACUACUCAUUUCGAAAAACAUACAUUUGAUUGGGAACAGCUUAUCCUUGAUGAUCUUCCUUUCACUUUGUCACAGCAUGUCAAUAUUUCGAACAUAAAUGGAUUGACUUACAAUCAAGAAGAUGUUUUAUUGGCUACGUCCAACUAUCUUUGUUCACUUUCGAACAAUGACUCCAGACUAGAGGCAGCGUUCUUGAAAUCCCUAUCUGAGGAUUUAUUAUGUGGCAAAAUCCUUCACAGUAUCGCAGAUCCUUACCUUAUACUUGAAGUUCUGAAUAAAAUGGCACAAUCGCUGGCCCUACCAUCAAAGUCUAAUCCGAAAACAAUAAUACACAAAAUUGCAUUUCUGAAAACUCUACUAAGUCCACGACAAUUCUAUAAAUCAACGCACAGUUCCAGAAAACCUGUGGUAUUUCGAUACGUUUUCACUUGUUUUAGAAGGCUUAUUAGUUUUGAGCGACGUCGGCCUUUAUUGUAUUGCAUCUGCAAGUAUAUUCAAUCUAUUGCCGCUAAGUGGAACGCUUUUGACGGAACCUUGCAUCAUGUAUUUCGCAAAUUUGUGGUGAACAAAAUUUCUAGCCCAAGACAAGCUGCAAAUUUCUUCGUGCAGCUGCGACAGAUAAUAUUCCCCACAGAUACUACAAUGGGCCCGCCUCGAACCCCUUUAGAUGAUUCUCAAAAACAGUUCUUGCGUCUGGAAUGUGAAACAAAUCUCCGACAUGUUAUGCGGCUGUACAGUAUGGACACAAUUAUGGGCCUCACGUCCCGCGACGCUCAUAAUCUUGUCACAGCAAUAGCUGCAGACCAGGAUCUUAACACUAUUUUACUGGAGAAACUUUUGGCGUGUGUGAUAGCACAUGCCGUUAGCUCAAAUCCCAGUUUUCGAGAAGGGCAUGCUGUACCGACGGCUUGA